AUGUCGCGCUUUUUCAGGACCGGUUCAUCCUCAGAAGAAUCCGAUUCUACCAGUGAAGAGGAAGAAGAAAACACAGAAGAGAUCUUGAACCAAUCCCUGAGCCAAUUACCAUCACCAGAAUUCAGCGGCGCCUCCCUCGAGUCCAUUGCGGUCGACCGAUCAGAUCCCAAUGCUCAGGACUUUCUCGUUCACGCCUUGCUUGAGGAACGCUGCCGAAAUGAGGUCUUGAAGGAACGCAAUGCGGUUAAGGACCCCAGACGACGUCUCACCGACGAUGAAGUUCAGCAGGAAUCUCAACGGAGAUAUCAACGUCUCUGCGCUCAACUCGCACCGAUGAACUUGGUCGCUCAAGGACUGGAGCAGGACCGACAUGGUGCAACGCGACAACGGGUGCGGGAUGGAUUGAAUCGAUUGCAACAGUCGGGUGCUCCGCAACCAUCUUUCCCCGGUCCUUUGAGAAGACUUCUUACGGACAGCACCACGCAGGACGUUGCUCCUUUCGAUGGUCUAGCCUCCUUUCAUCAGCCGGUUGCGAGCCGCUAUCUUAAGGACUACGACGAGUUGGGAGUUCUUGGCAGAGGUGGCUAUGGCGAGGUUUUCCAUGUUCGACAUCGAUUGGACGCAUGUUUGUAUGCUGUCAAGAAGAUACCCAUCAGACCUUCCAUGGUGCGCCGGAUCGCGACASAAGGCAACGCAGUCCUCGAUGAAAUCUUGGUAGAAGUACGCUCGCUAUCAAGGCUAGACCAUCCGAAUGUCGUUCGGUAUCAUCAUAGCUGGAUUGAAUGGUCGAGUGGAAGCAGUUUCAUUGCCACGUCUAGUGAUGAUGGUCCUUCUGAGACGAGACAAUCUGCAGACGCGGUAUCUGGCGCUGCCGAUGAGGUUUCCGCAUCAUCCGCCUUCGAGAGCCUGCAUCGCGUUCGGACGGAGAGCACUACUGUCGAGGACAUGGAUAUCGGAUUCACAUUUGAGAGUCGCUCUCAACACUCGACCGGCACCUACCACACGAACGACUCCCCCUCUCGCUCCGAUUCGGACGCUGGCCCAUUGUCGACAACCGAGUCUGUGCUUGCAUUACACAUGCAAAUGGAUGUAUAUCCAAUGACCCUGGCCGACUUCCUCUCGCCGAAGACGACCGGWCCUGUUAAGCCUCUGGCUCACUGCUUCCAUCUGGAACCUUCACUUCAGAUUCUGCUCGCUGUACUUGACGGUGUCGAAUACAUUCACUCAGAAGGUAUUGUCCACAGAGAUCUCAAACCCGCGAACAUUUUUCUUCGACCAGAGAGUAGCACCAAGAGUGGUUGCGUUGAUCUCUUCAAAUGUAGCACUUGCCAGGCUGACAAUGCUGCCAAUCCUGCAACACUGGGCGUACGCAUCGGUGAUUUUGGUCUUGUAGCAAACAUUGCGCAGACCGGCAACAUCAGUACAUCCGAGCCUGUCGCGGUUGGAACUGAGAUAUACAGGCCAGUAUCAACCAAGUCCAACAUCAGUCCAAGGUUGGAUAUAUUCGCAUUGGGCGUCAUUGCAUGUGAGCUAUUAUGCAAGUUCAACACACAGAUGGAACGAAGGGAGACUCUCCAUGCCUUGAAGAAAGGCCGAUUUCCCGAACGGUUCGCGAGCUGUGCUGGUGGCCAGGCUGGGCGGGUCAAGGAGUGUGUUGCUGCUAUGCUUGGAGAUGGAAUGCCCGAAGAAGGCGCGAUUGCGGAUCUGAGGCAGCGGAUCGAGGCGAUUCUCGCAUCGAAAGCCAUAGGUGUUGAGGUUUCGUUCAAAGACUCGUCGCCUUUGCGUCGAUCGAGUACUUGA